CUUUGUCUUCUCUUAUUUUUUAAUGCUAAAGCUAUUGCAAUUAAAAUGAUAGGAACUUCACUGUUAUACAUUUCCUCAAAAACGAAAGGUUACCUCUUUGGAAAUCUACUUCUUUGGUGGAAGCAAGAUCUAUAUAGUUCUAACGUGAGCCGCGGGAGGUCGUUCUGCAGAUUUUAACCUCCUUUGAAUCACCCCGCGCAUUUAAGUAACCAUUCAGUAACCUUUGAAUGUGUGAGUGCUUCAUAUUUUUUAUGUAUCUGUGUUUACUUAACUUUUCUGUUUAAAAAUAAAUAUGGAUUUGAUAGAUUUCGACGAUUUGACAGAUGACGAAGAUUUUCUUGAUUUAAUUGCGCUAUUUUUAAAGGAAAAGAAAGUAUUUCGUCCUCGAGUGACCCAUUUUCUUCGUUGGUCAGAUGAAGAAUUUUUCGAUAGAUUUAGACUCUCUAAAGAAACUGUUCAAUUUAUUUUAAAUCUAAUUAAACCAGCCAUUUCUAACCUUACCAAUAGAAACCAUGGAGUAAAUGCAGAGCUGAUGCUAUUGACCACAUUGAGAUAUUAUGCAACUGGGUCAUUCUUAAAUGUUUGUGGCGACUUCAGUGGGUUGCACAAAUCAACUGUAUCUAGAAUCAUAAACAAAGUUUCAAGAGCUAUUGCUUCAUUGAAAAAUAAUUACAUAUACAUGGUUAAAGAUGAGGAUGAGGAAAGGAGAGUAAAAAGAAGAAUGUUUGGUAUUAGUGGUUUUCCUAAUUGUAUUGGAGCAAUAAACUGCACUCAUAUCAGAUUGCAAUCUUCAGGUGGUGACCAGUCACAGAUUUUCCGUAACAGGAGAGGAUUUUUCUCUCUAAAUGUCCAAACAAUUAGUGAUGCUGAUUUGAAAAUAAGAAAUAUUGUCGUUCGGUGGCCUGGAAGUACUGACGAUGCAACAAUAUUUCACAAUUCAAAUAUCAAAACCAGGUUCGAGUCAGGAGAAUUUAGAAGGUCUGUUCUGGUAGGAGAUGAAGGAUAUAUUUUAAAAAAUUACCUCUUAACUCCUUUAAAAAACCCUAAAAUAGAAUGUGAGUACGAAUUCAAUGAAUGUUUGAUUCAAACGUGGAAAGUUGCUGGGCGUUGCUAUAGGGUUUGGAAACGCCGUUUUCCUGUAUUAGCUAAGGGAUUAAGAAUUAAACUUUCAAGUGUGGAAGCGAUAGUCGUUGCAACUGCAGUAUUGCAUAACAUUGCAUGUAACAUGAAUGAAAAAGUACCUGAAGUGGAUGCAAACACAGCGUUAAAAAUAGAACAACAGCAGUUCCACUACGAUAUUGCAGAAUAUUCAGAAAAUAAAACAGCUCGGGAACCGUUUAUUAGUUAUUUUCAACGUGCAUUGGAUACCAUUUAGCUAUUUAUUUUCUCAAAAGAAGAAUAAAAAUUAUUGAAUUUAUUUGAAUUUUUUUGUCGGGAUGAAAGGCAAUGAGAUGACAGAUAGCAUGGCCAAGAGAGCUAUCAAAGAGGGUGAACCAAUCAUCACCACUCAACCUCCUGAAGUUGUCUCUUUAAUCCAAGAAAAAUCAUGGUUGGCUUGGCAAAGAAGUUGUUCUGCCACUAGAGACAAGCUAAGGGUUGUGGAGCCUUAUGUCCGGAGAGUCACUUCAAAUAUGCUGACCAGAAGGGAAGAAGUGGUACUGACCCGGCUAAGAAUUGGACAUACUAGGCUUACCCACGAGUAUUUAAUGAGGAAAGACUCUCCUACUCAAUGUAUUUUCUGCGGGGUACCUCUUACAGUGAACCAUAUCCUAUCCGAAUGUUAUGCAUUCCAACCUCAGAGGAAUCAACAUCUUUUCAGAAAUAGCCUUGAAGAAUCACUUCAAAAAGACUCCAAUGCUAUUAAAAACUUAAGGAAACCAAAUUUUUCACAAAAUGUAAUCACAUCUUAAGGAAACCAAAUUUUUCACAAAAUGUAAUCACAUCUUGUAAUUGUAAAGUUAAGUUUUUAAGCUGUAAUUGUAUAAUUGUAUUUAAUAACUUUAAUUGUAAAGUUAAGUUUGUAGGUUCCUCUUCAAAUUGUAAAUAUACCCGUUAAUUUUUCUUCAUUUAUUCAUAAUUUUUAAUUAUAAUGGUUUUUCACUUUUCUUCUUGUAAUUUUUAAUAUUUAAAUUGUACUAUCUAACUUUUCUUCUUUUAAUAUUAAUUUUCUUUUUUAAACUGUAUUUUUAUAUUAUAUUCCUAAAAUCAUUAAUCUUUUAUUUAAAUGUUCUUGUUAACUGUUAACUUAUCUUUUUCUAAUCUUUAAUAUUUAAUUUUAAUGGUUCUUGGACUUUUCAAUGUUUACACUGUACUCUUUAACUUCGUUUCUAGUAAUAUUAAUUUUUAUUAUUUAAAAAUGUAUUUUUUAGCUUUUUUUCUUAAAAUCAUUAACCUUUAUUUUUAUUGUUUUUGUUAACUUAACUCCUUUUAAAUCUUUAACUUUCAAUUUUUAUAAUUUUAAUUCAAUUGUACUAUCAUAUUCGUCUGUAACUAUUCUAAACUUACCAAACUUUAAAUUGUAUUUGCUAGCUGUAGUUUUGUUAUGUGUGUACUAAUUGAUCAAAUUGUAAUAUACGGCGAAAAUGACCCAGAUAGUUGAAGAGCCCAAAACAUUUAUAAAUAAAUUUGUUUUUUU